AUGACCGUCAAUGAGAAAGCAAAUGUAUAUGACACGGAGGUGGGAAGUCCUAGGGACUCCACUGAGGAGCACGAGGUCUUCAAGAAGACCGAGGACGGUGUGAGCUUUCGUGGUGUUGGCUGGUUCAAGGCAUGCAUCAUCUUUGUGAAGGUCCUCUUCGCGACGGGUGUGCUAUCGCUGCCAGCUUCAUUAUACUCCCUCGGUGCGGUGGGUGGUUCAAUCAGUAUCGUCGCAUGGGGUGCCUUCAACACUUACUCCUUCGUGAUCUUGGGCAACUUUCGCAAGAAGCAUCCUCACUGCCACUCUAUUGCGGAUAUGGCAGAAGUUGCCGGCGGGCUCUUCGCGAAGGAGCUUACCGGUUUACUCUUUCUCAUCGGCUAUGUCCUUGUCACGGGCAGUGGUAUUAUCGGAGUGUCAACGGCCUUGAAUGCCCUCUCACACCACUCCGCGUGUACUGUCUGGUGGUCUUUGAUUGGAGCGGUUGUGAUCGUCGCGACAGCUUCGGUGCGCAAACUCCAGCAUGUGGGCUGGCUCACAUACGUAGGAUUCAUUUCGAUCUAUGCCGCAGUUUUGAUUGUUGUCAUCGGAGUCACAACGCGCGAUCGCCCGGCUGCCGCACCCCAAGAGGGCCCCUACGACCUCGGCUUCGUAGCUAUCAACAACCCCGGAUUUGCCGCCGGCAUGGUUGCUUCCAGUACUAUCUUCGUCUCCACGGCUGGUACCAGCGCGUUUAUCCCGGUGAUGUCGGAGAUGCGAAACCCGAAGGAUUAUAAGAAGGCGUUAUACCUGUGCAUGAUUGUUGUCAACGCGUCGUACCUUGCUUUCAGCUUGGUUGUCUACCGUUGGUGUGGACAAUGGGUGGCCAGUCCGUCUUUGGGUAGCGCAGGACAGACCAUCAAGAUGGUGUCUUACGGUGUUGCACUGAUAGGACUAGUCGUGAGCGCCACGAUCUACUUGCAUAUUGCUGCCAAAUACAUCUUUGUGCGCAUCUUGGGUAAAACGCGUCAUUUGCAAGCCAACACUGUUGUUCAUUGGGCUACUUGGAUGGGAUGCACGAUUGGUCUCGGCGCUAUUUCCUUUAUCCUCAGCGAGACUAUUCCUAUCUUCAACUAUCUGGUUGCCCUGAUUGGGUCCGUUUGCUUCGCCCCUCUAGCCAUGUGUCUUCCCGGGUUCUUGUGGCUGCACAGCAACGGCCACUACCGGAAGGGGACAGUUAUGCAGAAGGUGAUCUACCUGCUGCACUGGGGGAUGGUACUUCUGGGAAUUUUCUUCCUCGUUGGUGCGACGUAUGGUGUUAUCAUUCAGAUCAUUGACGCCUACGCAACGGGAAUGAUUGGCUCCACUUUCAGCUGUCUCGAUAACUCGAAUUCAUCGUGA